AUGUAUCUAUUCCAUUCAACAGGUGAAUACUUCAUGGAUGUUGCGAAACACGACGAUGACGAGGGCUCUGAACUUUUUGGAAUUCCCUCCCAAUCACAGAAUUGGAAUGCUUGUCCAAACCAAUCCUUGAAUGCUCCUAUAGCAGGCCAUAAUAUUCCAAUUUCAUCCAGUUUUCCUGACUCUCGUUUUCUAAGACUCUCUGGUGACUUUCAAGAAACAGAAGAUCUGCAAACGUCAUUCGGUGACCUCAACACACCAGAAGGUGCCUCCCCUGAGCAAUAUUGCUUCAGUCGUCCGGUAGAUAAGGUUGCCACUCCUUUAGACGACUUUGAAGAGGAAAAUGGCUUUGAUAGUGGUUUAGGUUCUCUCCAACUUACUCCCACAGAAAUUGAUUCAGAAGGGAUUUGUGGCAGCAGUUCUCCACAGUCAGCUCUGUUUAGGCGAAAUCUAGCUAAAAAACCCAAAAUGGAAUACGAAGGGCACAAUUUUGCGUCUAGCUUCAACCCUCAAGUCUCGUCUCAACAGCAUUUGCAACUUAUGGUUGAAUACAAGGCUCCCAAAAUAGGUAGGGAGGGGGGCGUUUUCGAUCAUCAUAGAGCCGAUUCAAGAGCAUCUUCUAAUUCCGCUCAAGAUGCAUCCUACAUGAAUGGUGUUCGACCGUUAACUCAAACUUAUGGCCUGAUAAGUAGAAAUAGACCGAAUUUACUCUAUCAUCAAGUUCCCUCAACGCCUGCUUUUGCAAAGCCUUCAAUUUAUCAAACAUCCUCGUCGAAUAGCACAUUUCCUUCAUCCUCUUCAUCUUCUUACCUUCAUGAGAUGUCUCGAUCUGCGCCUUCUCCUGUUUCUCAUCGCAAUCUCAGCAAACGCCUGACUCAACAGGAAGCAAGUGAAUUUCUCUCUUGUUCUGAAGGAGGAAAUUGGGACGAGAAUUUUGAUGAUAUUGACAGUUUCGGUAUAGAGACAGACUUCGAUGAUACUGUCUUACCGUCAUCUGUUGAACGGUCAUCACCACAAGUGUCUCCUUCGCAUGGUAGAUAUCGAAAUUAUCAGUCUUUCCCUCUCAGACGAGGCCAACAUAGUCCUCUGUCUGGAACAAAUCGCCAAAGAUCUAGAUCUACUGUAUUGUCUACAGCUUCGAUCGAAAGACCAAGGAAAGUAGGAGCACCUCGUAAUGGCGGAAGAAAGCGCAAUCUGCUUAACUUUAUCCUUGAACUUCUGACAACUCGUCAGAACUGCGUCGAAUGGGUUGAUAAACCGAAACAGGUCUUUCAAAUUGUAAAUCCCGAUCAACUAACUCGACUCUGGGGCGAGCACAAAAAUAAUAUCAAAAUGAGCUUCGAUUCACUCUCAAGGAGUCUGAGGCUCUAUUACAAGCCCGGAAAAUUAGAGCGCAUUCCAGGAACCAGACAUCAGUAUCGACUGAUUCAUAAGCCCCCAGAGCGUUCUGAUCUCCUUUGUGAAUCCCCAUAUGAAUGCAAUUCAGAUCAUAGAAAGUCCAACGCUUCCAUGAGUUAUUCCAACUCGUUUAAACAGCAGUCCAGUUUCCAGUAA